AUUUAUGUACACUCCGACCACUAACCACACCGGUGUCUCACUCUCACCGCAGAAAUUAGAGAGAGAGAGAGAGAGAGAGAUUUCAUAUGCAGGCAUGCGGCUACACAGCGCUGGGGCCUACCUCCUUCGACGGUGGCGGUCGUCCCAAAUUCAGUGUUCGAUGGAGUCGCCGUCGUCCAAUCACAGCUUCCGCUCCCCUCAACCACACUCACUACGACGUCCUCGGCCUUUUACCUAACGCUUCCUCCUCUGAAAUCAAGAAGGCCUACCGUCUUCUCGCUCUCAAGUAUCAUCCUGAUGUUAAUAAGGAAGUCGGAGCUGAUGAGGAUUUCAAGAGCGUCAGACUUGCUUAUGAAGUACUGAUCAAUGAAUCAACAAGAAGUGCGUAUGACAGAGCUCUCCGUUAUCAACCUAGUAGCAGAAGGCCAUUAGGGGAUGAGUGGUCCGUCAGCCAAGAAUACGAUGAUGGGCUGAGACUGUACAGAUGGCGUAAAAUGCAGUGGGACAAGUAUUGGGAGAAACAUAAGAUUGAGGAAGAGGAGGACGAUGAAGAUGAGGAAAGAGAAUCCUUGUUCGAAGUUGUUAGAUCAGCAUUCCUGUGUGUGUUUCUGAUGCAAACAGUUGGGGUGCAUCUAUCUCUCACAUUUAGUAGCUUUAUGGCUCUGGUGGACCGAAAUCUGGAUGCGGGAUAUAAAUUUGGGUAUUUGAUAGCAUGGAUGAUAGGUGGAAGGGGUGGGGUUUUAUUAUCGAUUUUCUUGUCAUUUGCGAGUUGGGUGUGUGGGAAAAGGAGCAGCGGUGUAGUUGCUCUUGUAGUUGUUGCAGUGUGGUUUGGUUCAAGGUGUGCUCCAAUUCCACAAGGUGCUCUUCUCACACUUCUCUACAUGUCAAUCAAGCUGCACAUUGAUCUAAACUAACCUGCCUAAUUCUGCUAUAUCCUUUGCAAUGGAUAUACACAUUUUAUAUAUAAUAUAUUUUUUUU